ACGAGCGACGUCUACACCUCCCGGCCUCUGGGUCUCGGAACAGGUGCGUCCCGACGUGUUGACGACUUUCUUUUUCCGUGAUCGUUGUGUGCGCGCUUCGGGCGUCGAGAACAACGAGCCAAGAUGGCUCCCACGGCAGAUAACGUAGGCCUAACGACGAAGAAAACCAUGUCGGAGCUUCGUGUGAUAGACUUGCGCAGCGAGCUCGAGAAACGUGGACUAGACAAGACGGGCGUGAAGGCGGCGCUCAUUGAACGACUGACGCACGCGCUGCGCGACGAAGGCGAGGACGCGGAGACGUACGAGUUCGAGGUGCCCGCUGAACCGACGCCGGUGAAGCCGGCCACGCCGGUAGCAGCCAGCGUCGGGUCGGCGAAGAAAACCGUCACCAAGCGCGUCAACAAAAAGUUAGCCCACGAUGCCGAGUCUGAGACGCAGAGCAAUGACGACGCGCACGAAGGCGGCGAGUCUGAAGAGGAGGACGAGCCUGAGAUCGAGACGCUCGAUGAAGAAGAGGAGGACGAUGGCGAAGGCGGCGAGGAGAAGCUGAACAAUGGCGAAGCCGACCCCAAAGAGGACGGUGACGGGGCGGGCGGUGACGCCAAGGCCGACAAAAAGAACGUGAAGGAUUCGGCUUCGAAAGAGGACGAAGACGCUAGUCACGAGGCUGAGCAGGCCUUAAUUGUGCACGCGGACGAUAACCACGACUUGGACGCUGAUAUCGAGGAAGAGAACCAAGCCGCGAAGGAAAGUACGACGGAAACGGCGAAACCCGCCGCGGCUGCGAAGACUCCGGCGAAAAAGGCGGCGGCUGAAGCCAAGAAGGAAGCCGCCGAAGGUGGCAAAGCGGAGCCCAAGAAGGCCACUACGCCUAAGACGAAGGCAGCAGCCGGCAAGGCGGUCAAGACCACUCCCAAGACGCCCGCUGAGCCCAUGCGCAACCUGUGGGUGAGCGGGUUGGCAAACACUACUCGGGCUGCCGACUUGAAGGCCCUGUUCGGCAAGCACGGGAAGGUGGUGUCAGCAAAGAUCGUCACCAACGCUAAGAGCCCCGGCGCGAGAUGUUAUGGCUUCAUGACCAUGAGCACGCCGAAGGAAGCGACCAAGUGCAUUCAGCACUUGCACCGCACUGAGCUUCACGGCAAGAUGAUCUCGGUCGAGUGCACGAAGCACGAGCCCGGCGGCGCCUUGCGCAAGUCGGAAGCCAAGACGACCGGAGCGGCCACCGCCGCCGCGGCUCGAAGACCACGGCCUGCCGCCAAGGAAGGCAAAGAGCCAGCCGUCAAGGCAAAGCCAGCGGCUCGAAGGCAGGCCGCCAAAAAAGCAGCGGCUGAAAAGAAGGCCGCCGCUGACACCAAGGAAAAAAAAGAGGACAAGGGCGAGAAGGCUGAGGAAGAAGAGGCUGCUGAGGAAGCGGCAGAAGAAAAGGAAGGUGACGAGGAAGAGGAAGGCGACGAGGACGAGAAGGGUAAAGAGCGGAAGCACAGGGAUGACAAGGAGCGCAGGCGAAGCCGAAGCCACUCGCGAGAGCGAUUCGCUAGGCGCCGUUUCUUCAGACCUUUCAUCCGAGGCUUCAGGGCGGUGCGCGGCUUCAGGCGCCCCUUCCUCAGGCGGCCCUUCUUCCGAGGACCCUUCCGCGGCCGCAUGGCUGGAGGGGACUACCGCGAGUCUCGCGAGCCCUUCAGGCGCAACGAAGACGCCGGUUCGUUCCGUCAGCGCGAGCUGGAACGUCGGCAGCGCGAAGAGGCCUUCCGCAUCGAGCGUGAAAGGGAGCGCCUGCGUGUGGAACGUGAGAAGCUGGAACGCGAGCGGCUGGAACUCCUGCGGCUUGAGCGCGAGAAGCAGCGACUCGAGCGGGAACGCAUCCAGCGCGAGCGCGAAGAACUGCGCCAACGAAAGAUUGGGCGCACAGCUGAUUUUGGCGGAGGCGGUGCCGCAGACGCCCUCAUGCGGCGUCCAGUGAAGAGACCGUACGACGAGGAGCCCGGUGUUUUGGGCGGGCCUGCUCGCGGGGGCGUGGAUGCUGCCGGCGGCGACGCCUUCUGGAGAGACCGCAAAAGGCCCCACUUGGGAGGGGGUCCCGGAGGACGGGACUAUGACCGUGGCGCAGACAGAGACGACCGGCGCUUUGAGCGGCCCGGCGGUGACUUUAGUGGUGACAGAGAGUUUCGUGGCCGGCCACCCAGAGACCGUGUGCCGCGCGAGUCGCCCCCAGUGCGACGUAUGGAUCUCCGUUUUCCAUCUAAAGAAGGCUUCUCUGGUGGAGCGGCAUACGGUAGUGGAGGGGCCCGCUUCGGAGGUGGGCCCACGGCAGCUGGCGAUCAUUGGAGCUCCAGUGGACGAGGAGCCGGUGGCUACUCGUCAUCCGGCGUUGGCGGCUCAUGGAAUGCAGAUGGCCGUAAGCCAGACUCUGGCCACCAAUCUUGGUCCUCUCAGCCGGACCGCUGGUCUGCAGGAGGCGUAGGAGCACGCGGUGGCGGCUUAGGUGGCAGUUCUAUGGGUCAGGGAUCGCAAGGUUACAGCUCUGGAGCCGGCGGCUCCGGUAUGAUGGCCCACUCUGGUAUUGGCAGUGGUGGAAGCUUCGGUGGCACUGGAAAUCGGUACAUGGGAGGAGGUGGCGGUGUCAGGCGGUACUGAAGAGUGAACAGACCUCAGCAUGACGAUGACUCGCGGUAUUUAGCCUCAUUCUGUCACCGCAAUCUUUAGCAGCAAGCAUGUCAGUCAUUGAGGAAUGUGAAAAACACCGCCAUCUGUAUUGUUUAGCUUUUUGUUUGUCAUUUAUUGAGGCACUGUCAGACAAGCUUGUGAGAUCAACGUUGAGAAAGAAGCUGAAGGGAGAGAACGAAAAAAGUGUAGUAUUGAGAAACAAAAAUCUGCUAGCGCCCCAUUCUAUCUCGACAACUGUUGGAAUGUAAACGUUGCGUCACUUGCACACAGGUUGAAAUUCAAGAUGUUUCGAGACAAAUGAUGUAAGAUUGAAAAAUCUCGCGUCCCAGUUUUGACAACUGUUGGAAUGUAUACAAUGCUUCGCUUGCGCAACGGUUCAUAUUCAAGAUUUUUCGAGACAAACGCAUGUUUCACAGUGUGUAUCAACUUGUACCGCGUCAGAGAAAUAUGUAUGUUCCCUGAAUGAGGCAAUGUGCUGUCGCAAACUGAAGACUUUUUUUAGGCCGAAAUGGAAUCGCAUGCCUCGUGUCGUUAUUCCCGCAAUUCUGGCUGUCAAGUUCAAACCGGAGUUGUAAAAAAAGUCUGCCAUCACAUUUCAAAAUGUGUCGAAUUCCCGAGGCAGAGAGAUUUUUGAUGUCCAAAUGCUGCUGAAGACUUUGGGCAAUGCAAAAUGUCGACCAAAGGUUCUCCACGUUUUUCGUGUGCGGGAAAGAAAUAUCUGAAGAAUCUGGUGAUGCAUCUUCAAUAUUGUAUAAGCUCCCGGCCUGAGAUAAUUUGCAAAUUCAGUAAUUUGAAUUUUUCUAAAAAGCAUUGUACCAGACGCGGCACCUCAGAAGUCAACACAUUUCAUCACUGCUCUCGACAUUUGCGGAAUGCUUGCGCACUUUUUUUCUGAGCCUUUUCACCCGCAUCGUCUCUCAUUUUGACACAGAAAGGAUUGUCGGAGAGUCAGCAUUGCAAACUUCCUUCAUUAGCACUCCCUUUUUUUUUUUUAGGUCUCCGCAUUUUCUUUCAGCAUCACACACUGGUAAUGGUUCUGUUGUUUCCAUUGUUUGCAUUGCCGUUGCCUCAUUUUCAUUGCGCUGGUGUGCUGGAACGGCAAAGGCAUUUUGCAUCACCUUGUACCCACCUAUUCAAUGAAAUUUUGCAUGUUUCAUCAAUUACAAAAUUUCAAAAUCAUUUUCUUAUCAUUUAAAAAAAAAUGCCUUUGCUGUCAUGUGUCACAGAUGUGUGCCAUUCUCUUGUUCACAUUUGUUUUUCUAAAUAAACAUUUUGAAAGUAUAGCCAGACUUCAUUUGCUUGUACAAUAGUGCUUUCUGCGAAUUGUGCGCGGUAAACCCAUGUGUACAGUCCUUAGUGUCGUUUAGUAUUGGCAGUUAACUGCUGCAAAUAGACCUGAUUAAGGGCAUUAGUAUUAAUGUAGCCUUGUGUAACGAGUGGGGAAGGGGACAUCUAAUUAGAGUGCAGUGCUAUUAAUUCGUCAUGAGUUUCAUUUUCAGCUACCUGUGCACGUGCGUUCCAGCGGCGGACUUCCCAUCUACUAGCAGACCUUGAAUAAAUGAUCCUUCUUACAC